GAGUGGGGGAGUGGACAUCCCAUAAUGCACCAUGUGGUGGCACCACAGGGACUCUCCUCACCAUCAUACCCCUGACUCCACACAGUUGUCGUCGGAGGGACCGGGGCCGCAGGGGGGAGCGGUUGGCGAUGCCCUGACGCCCUCCGCGGGGCCCGGAGGGGGCGGCGGGGCUGGUGGAGACACCCAGGCCCAGCUCGAGGCCGAUAAGCGCGCGGUCUACAGGCAUCCCUUGUUCCCAUUGCUGGCUCUCCUCUUUGAGCGCUGUGAAGAGGCCACACUGGGCUCCGACUCCGUGAGCUCCGCUGGAUUCGAUCUCGACAUUGAGGGUUUCGUGCAGCGGCAGGAGAGCGAGCGCAAGCCAUUCUUCAGCGACGAGCCAGAGAUAGACAACCUGAUGGUGAAAGCGAUCCAAGUGCUGCGUAUUCACCUGCUGGAGUUGGAGAAGGUGAGCGAUCUGUGCAAGGAUUUCUGCAGCCGCUACAUCACCUGCCUCAAGAGCAAGAUGCAUUCGGACAACCUCCUUCGCUCGGACGUGGGGCCCAGCAACUCCUAUCUGGGGGAGCCCCAGGCGCUGGGCCUGACAUCGGGUGACGCAGUUGCUGUAGUGAGCGUUCCUGCCCCUUCGGUUGCUGUGGCAACACUACAGUCAGCACAGGUGCUAACAGGAGGCACCAUCUAUCAGCCAGUUACCAUGGUGACCCCACACGGUCAGGUGGUUGCCCAGGCAAUGACACAAGCAACCACCGCGACCGCCCUGCAGAUCCAUGGGGCACAGUCCGUCGUAUCGUCUCCCUGUGUCAUCAGUGGGAUCUGCACCACAUCUCACCUGCAGGCUGACAACAUGGGGGGCACGCACCUGGGACAGGACAUCUCGUCGUGUGACCCGGAUGACAAGCGCGCUCGUCUCAAACGUGGCGUGCUGCCCAAACACGCGACCACCGUCAUGCGCUCCUGGCUCUUCCAACACAUUGUGCACCCGUAUCCAACAGAAGAUGAGAAGAGACAAAUCGCCAACCAGACCAACCUAACCCUUCUGCAGGUCAAUAACUGGUUCAUAAACGCGCGGCGCCGCAUCCUGCAGCCAAUGCUCGACGCGAGCAACCCUGACCCUUCCCCCCGCGCCGCCCGCAAACUCAAGGCUGCACCCCGACCCAGCUCCCAGCGCUUCUGGCCGGAUUCCCUGGGUGCUCGAGCACCGCCCGGGGACACGGGGGAACACGGGGACACGGGUGACGGACACGGGGACAUGGGUGGGGACGGGGAUGCACGGACACACGGGGACGGCACGGAGCAUGAGGACGACGGCUGCCUCUCAGACCCGCUCAACACUCUGAGCUCGGACAGUGCAACCCUCGCCGUGCGCCGCGUUAUUGUGGGGCAUUUAUCGGACGACGGCAAACCUGGCGCCUCCAACGACCACGGCCACGCGGAAGACGACCAGGAGGAGGAUGAGGAUGAAGAGGAAGAAGACGGAGAUGAAGAAAACAUCGAAGACGAGGAGGAGGAAGAGGACGAGGAGGAGAAUGGGAUGUCCCAGCGGAUCUGGUGACCGGACUGAGACCAUCAACUUGCUACAAACUGGUUUAAUCACAAGUGGCUGCCUGGAUUCGUACCGAGGGAUCUCGGUGGAGCCAGCUCUACCCAGCUCCUUCUCAUCUUAGGAUGUUUAAAGAGAGUCAAAAUUAUCCCCCCUUGCUCUCUCAGGUAUCGAGCAAUGCUUUCCCCCAUUGUUUUUCUUUAACGGGGGGGGGCGCGUAGAAAUUCAACAUUGAAUUGUAGUGUAUCUUAAAACGCAACAAGCAACCAUUACUUGCCAUCAUAUGGUGCGGAUGGUACUUUUAUCAGUCGUUGAAUAUUGAAGAGUUGAACAUGAUUGAAAUUUAAACUUUCGGUAUUGCAAUUCGUAAUCGCUUCAAUCUCCCGCUAAUUGUACUGAUCCCAUGGAGGAGGAUUUGUAAGUUGUUUUGGCAAGUCAAAAUUGCUUUGCUGAAGGCCACAAACAUCUCAAGUGAGAAACUGCAGUCUUCACUGUAGAUGUCACAAAUUGAAUGUUAAAAAGUAAAUAUGAAACUAAACUGAGGCUGAAAACUAUUUACAAACUUUCAAAACGUUUGAAAUCUUCCCUAAAGAUACAAUGUAACGGGGAUGAUUUAAACUUAUUAAUCAAGAAAUAUCAGGAAGCACCGUAGCUUAUAUUACAUCACUUCCUUGCUUUCUCCACAAGAAAGUGUUGUUAUGUGGUAUCGGCUGACGUCAAUACAAAGACAUGUUAUAUUAUCAAAAUAUAAAUGAUCCGAAAAUCAUAAAAGAAUACCCUAAAUUGUCCUAAAUAUCCCAAAUCGGAAAUUGGAAAAUCUAAAAACUCAUCUCUACGACGCAACAUUAAUCCCCAAUAGCUGUCCUUCACUGAAUUAGGUGCAGCAGCAGCAAACAUUGUUUAUUUUGCAGCCAACUUUAUGCACCUGCUUUGGAUAGAAGAACGGGACCUUAGUGUAACCCCCCCCACCAGCGUUGUUACAUGGCCAUUAUGACAAACCUGAGCCAUCCAGACAAUUUCGACUGAAAAGGUGUUUCUGAUGCUCAUUUGACCAUUAGCUUUAUUUUAUCAAUCGUUUUAAUAUUAUCAUAAUGCAAGUUUAUUAUUAUUGUUAGUGUUAUUAAUAUUAUGUUAUUGCUUUAAUGUGAUUGUGCCGAUACUUUCGCUCUCACUGUAAUAUUCCUAUUACAUUUGUAACAUUCAACACUAAAUAUAAUGUAUAGUGUACACACACACACACGUACAUUGUAUAGCACACUAAUGUGUGUGUGUAUAUACUGAUACACAAAUGGCUAGAUACAUGUUGCUGAUAUCAAACAAGAGACUCCUGGCAAAACUACCACAAGGUAGUAUUUGGUGUAUCGCCAAUGGACUUUUUUUAAAUGUGUGUAUGAAUAAAAUCGCCCAGUUGAAAGAGAUGAUAACAUUGCAGCUUAUAGGCCUACAAGGCAAACAUCUUCCAUUGGCAGUUAUAUGGCACAUGAGACUUGGUUCGUGAUGGUGGCACCCAUCAGUGAGCUACAGCUAGGUACAUAUUGUACAAAGUGUGUGACGAGGUCUGGAUGAGAGGAAAGAGCCAGUGCACGCACCAUGGAGUAAACGUAAAAAAUGCAACAUCGGUAUAUAUAUAGUGUAACUUAAUGUGUUAGUUUACUCGCACUAGAAAUAAUUCAAUUGAAGGCAAGAAUUGACUCGUUUAUACAGAAUAUGUAGUGAAAUCCCCAAAGAGAUUGGCCACUGAAAUUUAUCCUGGUUGGCCUUUUGUAGGGUUUGAGAUAUAAAACAUUGCUUUGUGAUAUAAAACCAGCGCUCUCACCAGCACAAUAAUCUCCUUUGUACGUGUACAGCCCUUUUGUCAAUCCAUUGCUGGAUGAGGACCCCUUCAUGGGUCGUGAUUGUUAUUUGGUCAUACUUCACCAUGCUGGUCAGUGCACGAUGAAGCUGGGGAGCAUGUAAAGUACAGUACAAUAAUGAUUUUCCUACACUGCCCUUUACCAGAGGUGUGGACUCGAGUCAUGUGACUUGGACUCGAGUCAGACUCGAGUCAUGAAUUUGAUGACUUCAGACUCGACUUGGACUUGCAUAACAAUGACUUUGUCCCACCUCUGAGGUGUGGACUCGAGUCAUGUGACUUGGACUCGAGUCAGACUCGAGUCAUGAAUUUGAUGACUUCAGACUCGACUUGGACUUGCAUAACAAUGACUUUGUCCCACCUCUGCCCUUUACUGACUAUCAUGUAGCCCCACACUUCUAGCGACCUCAAAAAUCACAGAACAUGUAUAAAACGUUAAUAUGAUUAACACCCUUUUUACAGAAUAUGGGUUUAAACACAACUUGAAAGAGCGAAGAAGGGAAAUCAUUAAAGAAAAGUAAUGUCAAAAUUUUCUUUCAAUUAUUCAGGAAUAUAUUUGAGACAAAACUCCAACAAAGUUGAAAAUAGAAUGGAGGUGAUUUUCGAUAAGAUGAAACCCCACUGCAAUCAAACUUUGUUGGGCUUCUUAAGCAUCUAUAGUUUUAUUUCUGAUAGUUUAUAACUGGGACACGUUUCUAAGCCUGGAAUCAAUGUGGUUUGACGUAUAUACACCAUUGGUAUGAUAUUUAAUGCUGCCCAUUAUUUUUGUACAAUGUGCAUUGAUUCCAGCGGUCAAUUGGAUAAAAAAAAUCCCAUUAAUAUGACUUAAUCUUGUCUCCUCCACACUCACAGAGGUUUCACUGUGAAUUCAUAUCAGACAGCGAUUGCUUUUGAAAGUAGUCACCGCUAUGGGAAAAAACAGAUGCAGCGUGUUUUGUAACAUCCCUGUGCAAAUUUGUGUAAAUUGUUUUAUAAGUCCACGGUGAAAAAAAGCACAUUUUGAAGAUCGUUCCUUCUCGUUGAGGUGGGGGACAGCCGCUGUUGUACCUGUUGGCAUGAAGUACAUUGCACUAUAUUCAUGAUUUUUUUGCAUUCAGUCGUGAAAAAUACAAAUGCUUAUGUAACUUUUUUUAACAAAUAGAUGGCAAAAAAUGUUUGGAUUUUGAAACAAAAAAUAUAUGCAUGCAUGUAUCGACAUUGUUGAGCGCAGUGAUGUGGCACUAAUAUUCUAGCUACCUUAAGUUUGAUUCCUGGCCAUGAUGCACAAGUUGCAUGGAAUAUUGAUAAUGGAAUCCAAGCCUCGGCCUCCGUUAGGUCAAAUCGGCCUAAUAUGAGUACCUGAUCGUGCAGUCAACAUCAAGACGAAGGAUGCCGGGUUUGCAUGCCGCUGGCUCCGACACACUCAUGUGUGCCAUGCCGGCCUUAAUAUGUGCUCGCUAACAGCACUUACCCUAGUAGUCUGUGAGGCUACAUAGGGUUGCUUUUAUAUAUACUGUAUUGAAAUACAAGCAUUUUGUGAGUGUUGAUAUGGACUGGGUGGUGGUGAUGCCGUGAGACUUGAGAAGCACAUUGACAUUUCGUUUGAGAUGUCGGGUGCAAUUAAGUAUCAAGAUAGAUAAAAAAAGGUUUAAAUUUAAACUACAAAACUAGUUACCCAGGUUUUGCGAAAGAGCGAAUCACCUGGUUUCAAAAUUACAUUGGAUUUAAACUUAAAUUGAGGUCAUGAAAAUUAAGUGAUAAAAAUUAAUCGUGGUUCUUCACUUCAAUUUAUCUAUAAGCUUCACGUUUUUACCUGAUGCGGCAUUGACAGUCGUAAUCAUUUUCUCAACACUACCGCAGGAAACCGGAUUUUAGGGUCAUCGUCUUGAGUUUUAUAACCCACAAUGCCGAUCUUGAAACCCUAGCAUUCUCAAUGUGAGACUUUGGAUGCUAAAUACACUGAACUCGUCACAAUUUUCAAACAAGUAGAUUGGAAACAAGUGUUGGAACGCCGAACUCAAAAUCCGGUCCCUGGAGGUGAUUCUAGAGGCAUUGAAACUAAUUUCCCAGGACAGCCUCUUUAGUAUCAGUACUGGGAAAGUGGUCUCACAAUGCUGCCUCUGUCAAUAAGCUGAUAGAAGUAAGGCGAUUGGUGCCUGUCCUGCCUUUACAAAAUCCCAGUGUGAACCCAGAGGGAGACGCCCACGUUAUCUGGGCCCAUGUGCGUGCAGCACCCCCUAUUGUAACCUUUUGUAGCCGCUUGUAGCAAUUUUUAACGUAAAAGCAUACUGUACUUAAGAAAACUAAAUAAAGUAUUUUUAUACAAAUGGAGAAAUUA